ACCAUCUCUAGCAGUAGUUGUUGUGUGGUACGCGCGUCGGAACGAACGUCCGACGACGUCUCAAUUCUUGUCGAAAUUGUGUUAAGUGCCCCUUUAAUCAAAAGUUCGCUGACGCAUGAAAUGGAUGUGCUCGCCGGCGGCCAGAGGAACCAAAGCUGGAGCCAAGCGUGUUAGAAGCAUUUCAAGAGCGUAGACCGACGGCCACAUUUAGUGUAGACACAGAAUAUACGGCCACAGAAUGACACCAGCUCCGGGCGAACAUCUCAAGUUCAAGACGACACGCCACAAAAGCGGGCUUGUCCUGGCAAUAUGCAGUCUCAGCGUGUUUAUGUCCGGCUUUGCCCUGACCACGCUAAUAAGUCCAACUCACGCAGACGAGGGAAACGCCGAGGUGUGGCGCGUGGCCACCGCCCACGAGAAGCUCGGGCAGCUACAUUUCUCCACGGCUGAAUUUACCGAAUACAAAUCAAAGGCCAACUAUACCAAAGAGCCGAAAUACUCCACUAAAGCCAUGGAUCCCGUGUACAAUUUUACGCGCUACUUCUUUGGUUUUAUCCUGCCGGAUGAGGCCGCCAUUCCGCCAGGCUACGUGGUCGUCAAGGACGGCAAUUAUUUGGCCUUGGGCCCGAAGGUGGAGAACAAUGACUGGCGCGAUCUGCUGACUCAGUACUGGAUGGUGCUUAUCGCGGUUGUUAUCCUGGCUAUCCUGGCAGUCAUCAUGCCCAUUAUAGCCGUCUGCUAUUGCUGCUUCUGCUGCUGUCGACGCUGCAAAGAAGGAUGCCCGCCCUGCGACAGUCAGAAAGACGCUCGCAGGCGCUGCUGCUGCGGACUAUUGCUCCUGUUGCUCAUCAUUGGAAUUCUUUUUGGUGUCAUAAUUGCAUUUGCGACCAAUCGCUUGCUGGAUCGCGGCUUAGAGGAAACAACCACGACAAUGCGACGCGGCAGCCAAGACACCUGCACCUACCUAAAGGAUGUGUCGGACCACAUACAUCAUCUGCUCGUAAAUAACUAUGGCGAGAUGGACAAACAUCUAAGCGAUAUCUUAACAAAUGCUCAUACUCACAUAUUCCUGGACUUAAUGGAUGCUUCGGAGGCCAAUGCGGUAUAUGACUUGAAGCGCAUAUUGGAGAACAUGGAAGAGGCACAAAAGCUGAUCAAGGAGGUGGAUAAAUUGGAAAAGGAUUUACGUUUCUAUGGCACACAGCUGCGCGACGGCGUUCGUGGCGUUAAGCGCGACGUUAACUAUGCUUGUGCUGUGCUGUGCGGCAAUCGGGAAUGCCUACACUUUUUGAAAAAGACAGAGAUCGAGUUCCUCGACAAUUCAAAGUGUCUACAAUUCGAUCAGCUGCCAGACACCACGUACUAUUCAAAGGCCAUCGAGUACAUCAUUGCGAAGAACAGUGGCAAAACAACCAAGGAAGUGAUCGAUCGUCUGCAAUAUGUGGGCAAGAGGAUUAAGGCUGGCAUAGAUCCCCUAAUACCACCGAUAAUCCGUGAUAUCCACAAUGGACAGGAACAGUUCCGCACACAGGCAAACAACAUACGCAGCAUGAUAGAUGCGGCCAUUAGCGACAUUCAUUUAAAUACUGUCAGAUCCACAAAGGCGUUCGAAGAUGUUUACGACAAAUAUGGAGCUGAUCGCAGCAUCAUCAAUGUCAUUGUCUGCUCUGUGUUAUUGAUCAUUCUCCUGUUUCUAAUUAUUGCGCUGAUCUGCGGCUGUUGUGGACGUCGUCGACGUGGCUAUCGCGAUGAUUGCUGCAGCAAGGGCACGGGAGCUUCCUGUCUCCUACUCGCCAUGUUGCUGAUAUUCUGCGUGUUCUCGAUUGUCGUGCUGGUAGGCCUUUUCUACUUUGUUGUGGGUCUGGCCACCUACCAGGGUGCAUGUGCGCCGCUGCGGGAUCAGGAAUCGAAUGCGCUAUUUCGCCAGCUGAAUUCAAUUAUUGAUCUUAAUCAAUAUUUGCCAAAGAGCGAGCUCAAGUCGGAGACACCGUUGCCGCCGCUGCGCAUCUCGAAUGCGAUUCGGGCGUGUCAAGCUGACCAGUCGAUCUUCAAGCUGCUGCAGGAAAAUGAUUUAUAUGAUAUUGACGAUCUAGUACGCUUCAAGGUCAUCAGCGAAACGCCUUCGGUGCCCAUAUCGCUGGCAAAUUUGGACAACUUCACCAUACUCACGGAGAAGGACAAGCGUGACCUGGCGGAGCUGCGUGGCAGUAAUCUUUCCAGCUAUCACAGCAAGGUCUUUACAGACGUCAUGUGCACUCAGUUGACGCCCGUUGAUUUGCCCACAAUGGCCAAUCAGCUGAAGGAGUUGCGAGCCAGUCUCUGGAGUCAGUGGGGCAUUUACGACUGGGCCCGAACCUCCCUAUACAACGAGGCCUACAACCUGCAGAGAUAUCACGAUGAGUUUGUAGAGAAGAUCAAGAGCAUUAUAAGCAAAAUGACGGAGAAGCUAUUGAAGAUUGAUGAACUUAUAUUAUAUAACGGCAAUGCAUUUGGUGAAUCCAUAAAGAAGCUGCACGAAUCAACGGAACGCUCAGAAGUAUUCCUGCGGGCUAAUGGCGAACAGUAUGUCAGUGGACUGCGCGCAAAUCUGACUAGUUACAUCAAGGAACAGGUCGUGCAAUAUAUCGAAAUGGUCGUGGACAAGUGCCACGGCAACGUGGGAAAAUGUGCACCACUUGCCCAGGUCUAUAAUCGCAGUGUGGACUUGAUAUGCCAUCGUCUGGUCGAUCCAAUGAAUGGUUUCUGGGUGGGCGUGCUGCUUUGUGGCGUGCUCUUCCUGCCCGUACUGUUUGUAGCCCAUCGUUUGCUGUGCUUAUACAAGAAGAUUGAUCCGUAUUCGGCGCCACCGGUUGCCAUUGUUGAGGGCGGCAGUGACUAUCUAUACGAUGCCUAUAGCGAGCGCGAGCGCGAGCACGUGCCACUGGCCAAUGUGCCAAAGAAGCGACGCAAGGCGUACGAUCGACGACGCGAACAGCAGGAAUACUAUGAGGAUGCAUCGCCAAGCGUGUCGCGUGUGGCACGUUCCGGAGCUGGCGGUGGUCCUGGCUGCGUUGUGGAUGCAGCUGCCGGCAGCAGCAAUAUGCGCUAUAACGAUGUGGCACCCACACACUGGGACCACGAGCCGCCGCGCUACCACAAUCCGCCCGUGGCGCCGCCAUCAUCCGAAUAUGAGCGACCUCCGCCGUACUAUUAUCCGGGUGCCUCCGACCAGGAUUAAGCAUUGGACGGCGUUCAAAAAGGACUUUGUUGGGCUGGCUUUAAGAGGAGAGAUAUGGCAAAUGACGUAUGAAUUUCAUUUUUGCAACAACAACAACCCAAUUUUUACUGAGACUGUAAUUUUAGUUGAAAGUUAGUUCUUUAUUUAGAGUUAUGUAAUUUGUAGCAUCACGUGUUGAAAUAUUUUUUAUUUUUAUUUUUUUUUUCAAUUUUUGGAACUGUAUCAGACGACGAUCUGCCAGCGCAAUUCGAGACAAUGAUAUAAGAGUAGGCGCGAUAUAGUAAAGAUUAGUUAUAAACAAAAGUAAAUCACAAUACUCCAUAAACAAACACAAACACAUAUAUAAUUAUAUGUAUAUUGUUUAAACACAUUGAAAAUGUUGCCAAAAGAAUAGCAUGAAAAGAGUUGAAGAGGAGGAAUAGCAAGCGAUGCGAUUGGGUUGAAAUCUAUAUGAAUAUGCACAGCUAAAGCAUUUAAUAAGUUAAUGUUCAAAACAACAACAACAAAACAAAACAAAAACAGAAACAACAAAAAGACCACAAGGAAAUAUCCCAAAAGAACUCAAGAGAUAGAUCUCACAGCUCUCACGAACUUGAAUGUAACCCAUAAUAUUAUUGUGCACAGCAAUUGCAGGCAGCCCCACAAUAAUCAAAAAAAAA